AUUCGAAUCAAUACUGCGUGACGCAAGACAUCCAGCCGUUAACGCAAGCGCAGUCGAUUUUUACCUUCGAAGGAAGAAACCGAAAUGUCGACUACCGGUUGGAUCUUCCUUGGAAUUCUCUUUUCUAGCCCUUUUAUACAAGCGGCUAAGCAUAAAGAUGAGACAACCGGUGGAACGAAAAGGCAUCGGCGUAGCCUCACAGAUUUAAAUUCCAUGGUUCAGAGCAUCAUCGGACGCGAAGGUUCUGACUUCAUUGGUUACGGAAACUGGUGUGGAUUGGGAGGAUCGGGUCGUCCAGUUGAUCCAGUCGAUGAGUGUUGUGAAGUCCACGAUAUGUGCUACGUUUUAGCUAGUGAAGGCCCUUGCAAGGAUAAAGGAGAAAAAGGAGUAUAUCAGAUAGAAUACCAAUGGAGUAAGAAAAGCGAUGGCACAGCAUCUUGUAAGAAUGUAGACAGGUGUCCGGACAGUAUCUGCUUGUGCGAUGCUCUGUUGACGAAUUGCCUGAAAAAUAAUCUGGACAGCUAUGACGAGAAGAAUUUGCACAAGCUGGACUUCCUAGAACUGUUUCGAGAAGCCAACUGGCUUACCGAAGAUUGACGAAAGCAAGAACGCAGAUUUUGGCUGUUUGUACCAGUUUUCAAACUAUGCCUAACUGCUAGUGAUAUUUUAAUGUUCAUCGAACGUGCACGUCAACGAAUUAGCGUCCAACUGUAUUUUCAUCUUCGCAGUAUCUAAAGUUACAGAAUUAUUUAUUUUCUGAAACCUCAAUUUAUAUUAACCACUUCAGUCUUUCCGACUGCUCGAAGCCUGUACUUUGCCACAUCUUAAAUUGACGACUGUAGUGUAUUUAACUUUUGGAUGUGCAAUUAGUUACUUGUGAUGGCACAUUACCCGGUGAUCUGUCAGAGUAUGGAUUCUAAAUUUAUAUCUCUAUUAUAUAUUAUAUAUAACUUAUUACGCUAUAUUCCCACCGAUUUAUAAAAUAUUUUUCUUGAUGUGAUACAAGUUACUUAAAUUCAAGCAUUUUACAUUAUGUUUUUUAACAACAGAAAAUCUCGAUAUUUUUUCGUCAGAUCUAUCUUUUCUCUAAACACUUAUGUUCAUAAAAUUUAUUUAUGGAAAUAUUAUUAAAUAAAGUUAUUCUAAAUU